AUGGACUCCUCCACCGCAUCCCCGCCAUGCCCGUUCUGCACCAUCGCCUCAUCAUACCUCCCCACCCCCUUCAACGACCCCAAGUCCAAUCCCGUCUCGUCCGACCCAGACAUGAUGCCAUUAUCCCAUCUCAUUCUCUCCACAGAGCAUGUCCUAGCCUUCCUGGAUAUAAUGCCAUUGACUCGAGGACAUGUGCUCGUAGCACCAAGAAAGCAUUACCAGACGCUGGGCGACAUGAGCGUUGCAGCGGGACAGGAGAUGGGUAAAUGGCUGCCGAUUCUGUCUAGGGUCGUAACGAAGACUGUAUUUGGGGAUGAUCCUGAUAGACAUUGGAAUGUCGUGCAGAAUAAUGGUGAAAGAGCAGCACAGGUUGUGCCUCAUGUCCAUUUCCACAUUAUCCCACGCCCUGCUUCAGGGGCCAAUCAGAGAGGAAGCUUUGCUAUGUUCGGUCGUGGGCAAAGAGAAGAGCUUGAUGAUGACGAAGCUGAGAUUUUAGCUCGUGAAAUGAGACUCGAGUUGGUUGAAGAGGUCAAACGCAUUCAAAGGGACGAGGGCGUUGAUCUGGUUCAGGACUUAGUUCCAGAAAGCCAGCGAGGAAAGUUGUGA